AUGACGCGAAAAAAAUUAAGAGAAUCUCUCGCUCAUACGUGCGUUCGUACUAACGCGAAGAUGGAGUUGAGUGGAGUUGGUAUCGCGAUUAUUCUAUUCAUUGGUACAAUUAAUGUCGUAGCAUUUGCGAAUAAUGAUAUUGAUCAUGGGUCAAGUGGUAAAAAUCAAACGCCGGAGGAGCACACAAUUCUGCUUGAGUGCCAGCACUCAGAUUAUCGGACUUAUAUUAAAUGCUUGAAGAGGCAUAAGCGGCAUCACGAGCAUCAUGAUUCAUCAGGCGGGACCAGGAGUUGUUUCGACGAGUGUGGACUCGAUCUCUGCACGUCCACUCAAUGUGUCCAUCAGUGUCACACAAAAUGCAUGAAAAAGACUAAGGAGACACGACAGUUAAUUACAACAUACGAAACUGUGUGCAAUGACCACGAUUGCACCUCGUCGGGGGGUUCGGGGGCUUCGGGAAGUCCAAAUAUUACCACUAACAUUGAUAUCAACAAUGUCAUUCACAAUCAUGUGAAUACUACGGGACCGCAAGGGCCGCCAGGCACACCGGGGGGUGGGGGAGGACGAAACGAAGGAGGGCCAGGAACGCCCGGAGGUCCAGGGACACCCGGCGGCCCGGGAACCCCCGGUGGUCCAGGCACGCCUGGAGGGCCAGGAGGAUCAGGAGCACCUGGUGGUGGCUGCGCAGGAGGCUAUGGAUACGGAUGCUUUCCACCCAUUUCUGUUGUUUCAACAGUCACAUUUGGAGUGGGUCUCGGGCCCAUCGGUGGUUGCAUAAAUCACCAGAGUUGGCCUUGUAUACAGCAAACACAACCAACCGCUUUCGACUGCUCCCUCUGCACGAAUCCCUGGUACAAGUAUCAGUGCGAGGUAAAAUGCUACAACGUUCAAUUACCGGGAGCUCAAGGGUCAAACCCUCUUCUUCGUCCUGCCAAUAUAUAA